CUCCGUCUCAAACAACAACAACUACAACAACAACAAAAUGAAAGCUGUGACUGUGGGCCACAGGGUCUGGGGGCUGCAGGGACCACCUGACUCAGGGUGACAAGAUACAAGACCAGGGUGUUGUGUGCCUGGCCUGUCUCCCGUUCACCGAGUCCCUCCAUUUUGCUGUCUGGCAAAUGCAGAGAAUAUUUUUCCCCUGAAGUAGAAUAGCAGUGUAAUCGCCUUCACGUAUGACUUUAGAGUUGGGUUUUUUCUUUAACCUAUAAUUCCAGUGUAUUCUCUGGUAUUGUCCUUGGGGUGCGUGGUCCUUCCUAGAAGACUGUCUCGCUCACUGUUAGGUGACCCUGACACUUUCAAAUGGUUUCUGAAUUUUGCCCAAGUUUUAGUUCAUUUUGCUGUAUUCACUUCACCUUUCAUGCUAAGAAUGAGCUGAAAAAUGGAAAGUGGUGAGACUUACCCUUAGAUAGCAGACAUUUAGUAGACUUAGUGUCAUGUUUGUGUAGGUUGAAGAAAAACACUUAAAGUUGUUAUUAAGUUUCUCUCAUUUUUAGGCUGGGUGUGGUGGCUCACGUCUAUAGUAAUCCCAGCACGUUGGGAGGCUGAGGCAGGAGGAUUGCUUGAGCCCAGGAGUUUGAGGUUACAGCGAGCUAUGAUGGUGCCAUUCUACUCCAGUGUGGGCAUCAGAGCAAGACCCUGUCUCUAAAAAGAUAGCCCAAAUUUAUGUGCUGAUUUUCAUUCCUGCCCUUCCUGUAAGUUUCACGGCUGUUGUGUCUCACUACAUGAAGCAGCUCACAUGUGUCGCCCUGUGCAUGGCCCUUCCCCCCACUCUUGUUUCUCCAUCUUGGUGCAGUUCAUGCCAAAAGCCCGACAUGUAUUUCUUGGCCCUGUCGUCCCUCCCUUGCUGACUCUCAGGACAUGUACCACUCUGGUGUCCAGUAGCUUAAAUUAAAGACAAAGAUUGGGCCGGGCACGGUGGCUCACCUCUGUAAUCCCAGCACUUUGGGAUGCUGAGGCAGGUGGAUCGCGAGGUCAGGAGAUCGAGACCAUCCUGGCUAACAUGGUGAAACCCCGUCUCUACUAAUAAUACAAAAAAUUAGCUGGGCGUGGUGGCAGGCACCUGUAGUCCCAGCUACUCGGGAGGCUGAGGCAGGAGAAUGGCGUGAACCCGGAAGGUGAGGCGUUCAGUGAGCCCAGAUCGUGCCACUGCACUACAGCCUGGGCGACUGAGCAAGACUCUGUCUCAAAAAAAAAAAGACAAAGAUUGAUGAGGGGAAGACAUUUCCUUCCUGAUUCCUUGUUCUAUGGUUAUUUUUGAUUGCAAAUCAACCAGAAUGUUUCUGGAUCAUCUAGGAUUUGGGGAGUGCUGCAUUCGGGCACCCUCGGAGCUGUUCGAAAUGUCAAGACGGUGGCUUCUGCCUCAGCCAGUUGGAAUCGGCCUGUGUCAGUUCUUCAGGGAGUACAUCUUUUAUCUACUCUGGAAAAUUCCAAAUAGUGCCCUAGCAUUGUCUCAUGCAGCAUUCUUGCUCCAGCUGCAGACAAGAUAUUUACAAAGUCAGGGCAUCAGCAUGCCUCAAGUUAUUACCAGGAUUGCAGCUAAUGUCAUCAACGUGGGCAUGAAUGCCCUCUUGCUGUAUGCCCUGGACUUCAGAGUGGUGUUGGACGAGGGAGUGCUUCCAGGAGUGGGGCUCCUACAUCCACCUGGUUAUUCCCAGUAUGUUCAUGGUGUGCACUGAGCAGUGGACCUUUGAGAUCGGAAAAUUCCUUGCAGGACUGAUGGACGUGAUGGAGCUCGGCACUCAGGGCAUCAUCUGUGAGCUGGCGUCAGUGGCCUACAUGGUGCCCCUUGGCCUUGGAGUUGCAGCCAGCGUCCGAGUGGGCAAUGCUCUGGGGGAAGGGAAUGUAGAGGAGGCUUGGUGCUCCUGCACCACAGUUCUCCUGUGUGCUGGUGAGUCAAGCAUUCUACUCCCUGGCAUCUGUGCUGAACUUAAGGAUGUCCUAUCACUAACUACUUUCUUUUCCUCUAACAGAGAUAUUACUUCCCUUGUGAGCCAAGUGAUACCUAUUUUUGCCCCUUUUCAUCUAUUUGAUGCACUUGCAGGCGCGUGUGGUGGAGUCCUGAGAGGUACAGGAAAACAAAAGAUUGGCGCUAUCUUGAAUGCCAUUGGGUACUAUGUCUUUGGUUUUCCCAUUGGAGUAUCUCUGAUGUUUGCCACUAAACUCAGGAUAAUAGGUCUCUGGUCUGGAUUGAUAGUUUGUGUCUUCUUUCAAGCCCUUUUCUAUCUGGUGUACAUCUUGAGGAUAAACUGGAACAAAGUUGUGGAGCAGGCACAGGUUCAAGCUGGACUAAAAGGGAAUAAAGAGACCAUGCCUACCUCCUCAGAUCUACCUAUCUUAGGAAGAGAAGUAACUGAUGGAAUCAUUUUGCCUGAUAUCAUCAGACCAGAGAGCCAGACCCCUCGACUGAUGAGACCAGAAGAAAAUACCCAGUAUGCAAUGUCCACCGCUGGAGAGGUCCUGACAGUGAGGCAGCUGAUAUUCUAUCAUGGAAUGGCUUUAGCUCUUGCUGUCACUUUCCUUUCAGCAGGAAUUUUCAUUAGAGUUUUCAAUGACCAUGGCUAAAAUGGUAGAAUUACCACCAUUCUACAAACUAGAAAUGAUAAUUAUAUGCCAUAUGUUAAGUAUGAAAGGUGACCUUGUUAUUUGGACAGUUUUUACUCUUAACUGUGGAUGGAAAGAAUAUCAGGGAUGUUUCCUUGGUUAUUCCAAGGAAUUGCACUAUCCUAUUGGAGAUCAAGAAAGGGGCUAUAAUUUUAAGUAAAGUUUUCCCUGUUAAUUUUAUCAUGGUUUCUAAAUAUACAAAUUAGAUUUUCCUUGAUGUAAAGGUUACUUACUCUUUCUUAUUUCAAACAUCUUUCUUCUCCUGGGGAGUGGUUCAUAGUCCUGUAAAAUAUUAUUGCUGAUCUAUUUUCUUUGUAUUUCUCUAUGAAUGUACUUAAUCUUGUCAGUGAGUGUAUAUUAAGUGCUUGUUCAAGUCCUAUCUCAGGUAUUGCCAUAUAAGCUUUUAUAAAAUGGAACCUCUUAAAAUUUACAAUGUAUGCUGACAAUAUUUGGAGCUAUACAGUCAAUAUAAAAGAUUAACUUUUAGCAUUUUUGCCUUUUAAUUAAUUUUGUGGCAACUUUCAUUUAAAGUAGAAAAUAAAGUAGAAAAUAAAGAGCUGUGUUCUCUUCUGCUACUCAGCUCCCAGAAUGCUGGCAGCUAUGGUGGCCUCAUCCUCAAAGCAAAAGAGUUUUAGUCUUUUAUAGGAAAUUAGACCAGCCCAAAAAGAAAAUCCUUAAAAAAAUCUGAAUAUUGGGUAUUCUCUCACAUAAAGCCCACCAGAUUCCCAGGAGAGAAGCCCACAGUGGAAAGCACCCAAUGUC